UGCCUAGCAACGCUUUUGUUGCCCACUAACGUCAAUGUCAUGUGUUAUAAUUAUCAAUUUCGAAAAAAGCUGUUACUUUCUGUACAUACCUACUUUUCCAAUAGUCUCAAUUGAAAUUAUUUAGAUUUAAUAGUACUACGAAAUUAUGAAGAUGGGCUUAUAUAAAUUGUUUAGUUGCAACUUAGAAGUACAGUAUAAAAGUUAUUUUCUAUCAAAGGCCAUGUUGUUUACGAUAUUGACCACGGUAUUAACUAUAAUUUUACCCUUUGUUUUAGCUUACAGGAGCCGAGGUUUUUGGUUGAAAUCUCACGUCUUCUAUGAGCAGCCAAAAGUUCAUUUUACAUACGAAUAUUUACUUUUCGCUGAGACUGAAGACCCAAGCCACCCUGUAGUCUGUGGUGAAGCAGCUGUUUUAGAAGAAGAAGGUAAUAGUGAAGAAAACUGUGCUGAAAUCCAGGUACAGUGCUAUGAUUACAAUCAGGAUGGAAAAAAUGAUAUAAUUGACUUAAAAUUUCGAUUAAACAUCCCUUCAGAAAGGACUGUAGCUUCCGUUACAAUAAUACUGGCAUUGGAUUUUCAAGUAAAGUCUGUCUGUCCACUUCACAUGCAAAGUUUAGCAGUAAUUACUGAACAAUUUCCUGUACCUCCAUCAGGACUAAAAUACUAUGGUGAUUUACAACUGUACCAAAUUGCUCACCUUCCAUGUUUAAAUUAUCACAUGGAUACUAAGUACAACAAAUCCCUAUUUGAUGAAUUGAAAAAGAAUGGUGAUAACAUUGUAGAUUCUAUUUUGGAGCAAUAUUACAGCCGAGAAGUUACUACUGAAUCCAAGACAAUACAUUCAAGAAGUCAAAAUGGUCAUACUGGCUCAAUGUUCCUACAAACUCGUUUGAGAGUGCCAGAAAUGCACAUUUUGUACAAACCAAGUCUUUUACAAGAAUUAAAAUGGGCAUGGCCCCAAUACCUCUCCAUUGUUGUGAUCUUCCACUGGUUAUUCAACAAAAUCAAGAGAUUUGUUUUUCAUAAUAGACUUGUUAUGGCCUGGGAAGUGAUCCCAUCCAAAAAACAUUGAAGAAUUAAAAAGUCUAACAUUGAAGUAUCAAGCUGAAAUCAGCAACUAUACAUAAUAUUAUGAAGUACAAAUUCUUUCUGGUUCUUAAAUGAUUUUUAGUUCCUAAGUAUACCAAAGAUUAGUUUUAUUUUAUACCUUCCUCUAGCACGAUAAGGCGCGACUUGCGCGAGAGCGACAUACAGCGCGAGAUCUCUAUGCGAGAAUAGCAGGAUCUCGCGCUUUAUGACGCUUUCGCGCUAGUGGCG